UUUUAGGAAGUGAUUUCUUCUUGUUGAUUGAAAAAAAUGAUUAUGGAACGACAGUUGCAGAGCGAAAAGUUAACUUUUAACCGGAAUCGUUCUUUCAUCGAAUCAAUAUGAGCGUUCCAUUGUCCAUGGGUCCUAUGUUGCUAAUGGAGAGUAGACAGACAAACGGUCCGAUGUAUCACGGUCCUCAUUACAUGCAACCUGGACCACCACCAGCACCUGUAGUACCAAAUGGUACUCAUAUUCCGCCCAGUUUGAUACAGUCGCAUCAUUCAGUGCACGGACAGACUGCUCCAUCCGGACAGCACAUUAUCACUUCCUCAAUGAACAGGUCUCAAAGAUGUGGUGUAUGUCGAGGCUGUCAAUGUAAGCCUUGUGGACAGUGUACUUAUUGUCAAGAUAGUCCCCAGUUUGGUGGUCCAGGUGUUAAGAAGCAAUCUUGUAUCGAACGAAGAUGCUUACGUGUACUUGAAAACAGAUUGCAGAGAGAUGCACCAACGUUCAAAGCUCGUGUUGGAUGUAAUCAGUGCGAGGACUGUCGGAUGCCGGAUUGUCAAAUAUGUCUCGUCUGUCUUGACAAGAGAUUUUUCGAUAACCGAUAUAUGACUGGUGCAAUGUGUGCCAAGAAACGUUGUAAUAAUGCCACAAGCAUAGAGCUACCUGCUGCACAAAAUAUUGAAUUACGACAGGCACAUAAGAGAACAUACGAUCAGUCGGGAAUAACGGAUUAUCAGAUUAUGAAGCGUCGCGCUCAUCAAAGUCUAGAGCAACUGGGACCCACACAACAGCGUGUCCUAAAUAUGCCAACAGUUCUGAACGGACAAGGAUGCCCUACCCCACCGGGUGCAACCGCUCUUUAUGUCAGUCAACAAAUGCGAUUGGUGCCCUCCCAAUCCGGAACACCACAGCAAUUACUCAUUGUCCAUCAUCAGCAACAACAACAACAUCCACGAACUGCGGCUGUCGUUUCAUGCAGUACUACAGGAGGUGCCGAAUCGACUGUAGUUACCACCACCCAGGGAUCAGUAUCAGUUGCGAAUCCCGAUGCAUUGUCUGGUAACAAUAGUUCUAUGCAUGUGGCACCACAGUCGCGACAUGUCCCACAUCCUACACCUCAAUACGUUCAACAGAUACAAGCGGAACACGUUUCCCAUCCGUAUCUGAUUGUAGGAGCGGCACCUGGUGUCUCAUACCUUCCGAGCUACGUUGAAGAACGUGCAGCACCUCAGUCGGAUCCAUUUACACCACCGAGUUAUGCACCGGAAAUGAAAAAUGUCGUCGUAUUGCAGCCCUUAUGAAUUGCGUCUUUUGAUCAGAAUUGAAGGUUUGUAAUAAGUGUGGUACGUUUGCAGUAGAUUUAAAAUGGCCAACUUGAUCGCUUCGAAUUUUCUCAAUUGCUUUUUCUCCAAGGGCAGUUGCAUAUUCUUGCCGAGUUUCCCACUGUUU